AUGUCUACAAUUGCAGUUAUCGGACUCUCCGGCCUGUUGGGCAAGCCUGUCCUCGACGCUUUACUGUCGUCUGUCUUCGCUGACAGAAUCGCCUAUCCCAUCAAAGCUUUGACCAGAAAGGACGACAAAACCUCUACCGACAAGGUGCAGUACAUCCAGGCCGAUUUGGCUAACACCUCCGCUGUGGCAGAAGCCUUGAAAGGCAUAGACGUUAUAAUCGAGUUGACUACGGCCAAUCCAGUCCUCUUUGGCCAGGUUGAGAAGAUCGUGGCUGUUGUCAAGCCCAAACUCGUGAUUCCAUCGCAAUUUGGCAUCGAACUCGAGCCCGUCCAGGAGGUUGCUCCAGGCUUCUUUGUUAUCAAGCUUGAGCAUUCUGCCAACCUCAGAAAGCUUGGGGUCAAGGUGGUCGACAUUGCUACCGGUUUUUUUGCUGAAAAGUCUUCGUAUUCGUAUGAAAUCGUCCAGCCCUAUGGAAUUGACCCUGCAAGCAACACUGUCAUCCAAUACGGUCCUGACGACACCAAGGUGUCUAUAUCAACGGUCACAGACAUCGGAAAUGUCAUUGCAUCGGUAGCUACUGACCCUAACUCUUCCAGACUCCCAGACUCCUUAAAAGUGCAAUCGGAAAUCGUUCCUGUCAAGAAGGUGUGGGAAACCUACGAGAAGAACCACAACGUCAAGUUGGAGCACACGGCCAAGAAGUCUGCUGCAGAGGCCAAGGCUGAGUUCAAGCACCUUUGGGAGACCGAAGGUUUUGUUCCUGCAAAAUUCCUUCACUACUUAGGAUACAUUAUUGCGCAAGGUGCAGACAAUGGUGCUCUCUUUAGCGAGAAUGAUCGGGAGUUGGUGAACCCAGGCGAGAAGUAUUGGAAGUGGGGCAGCUACUAG